AUGGCUCCUCGAUCCCCGCUGUCAACUGUGCCAAACACUCCACUCCUUAAUGGUCAACAAUUUCACAAUGUCGCAAACACGGUCGAGCAAACAACGUCGCCCAGCGGGGGAUGCAACUUCACGGUCCUGAGCGCCGCGGGAGGUGGGACAGCACCGAGAUGUGGGUGUAGGAGGUAUUAUGAUAAACCACCGGUCGAUUCUGAUGGGCGCGUGUUGGUGGGAAAGUCGGGGUAUUGCAUGUGUGAGCAUCAUGCGUGUUUCCAUGACCACGAUGCGCAAGCUGGACAUAGCAGCAGGGUGAGCAACGGGCAGGUUUCGAUCAGAUCAACUACACCAAAGCAGCAGGAUAAUUCUGCGGCGGAGCGACUGGCCGAACUGCGCAAACUCGGUGGGGGAGGUUCUGGUCCAGGGACUCUACGAGACUCACAGCUACCCGAAACUCUUCAUUGGAGUCGAUUUAUCCAUUCGGGCUCGCCCGAAGCGUUGCCAGCUAUACCUUCGCAAUGUUUGCUACCCUCAGAUAAUGGGUCCGGUACGUCGAGCAGCCAGUCCAGAUAUCAUCAGCCAUUUGGGGGGAUGGGUCUCAAUACUCUGAGCCAUAUCCCCAAUCGCACUGCUGUCGACGCUUCAAAGUCAAGGAAAUCACCACUUGGAGAAAAUUUCAGAGCUAUGCAGGUGUAUGAGGACCACAAUGGGCAGUCCUUCCUCCAGAGCAUCACCGAGGUCGCAACUCCGAGCCUACACGCCUCACAAGACGAUUCCGCGUUGAGCCAGAAUAUAGCAGAAGUGCAGAACGCUCUUGAGAAGUUGACUGAGGUCAGACCCGAGUCAGCGGGCUCCUCGAAGCCUUUUGUCAAGAAAAAUUCCGAUUCUCAAGUAUUGGUCAAACAAUCAAGUUCUCAUCCUCCCAUCGAGUCUACUACGAUUGCGCCCGAGUCAGAUGACUACCUCAUACCUCGACUUAAAAGUAUUCUUGCCCGGGUGUCUAGUUUCCCUUCUGCAGUGGAAAACCAUGAGCGUCGGCUUGACCGCUUGGAGAAUACAUCAUUUACCAACCCAGUUGUGGAAGAUCUUCAGGAGGGCCAUAAUGUCAUGGACACACGGGUGGCAGACCUGGAGAACAGGCUGCUAGACCUUGAAAAUGCUCAGAAAAUACUGAACGACGGAAGCAGUGUCAGCAGUCGGCAUGUGGUGGAAGGCUCUUUCAUAUCUACAACAUCGUCUGCCAUGAUCUCUGCUGCCAUUGACCAAAUCGACCCCAGCCGAAUCGAGGCACUGGAAGACCAUGUGGCUGAGCUACGAGCUUGUGCGCCACCCUCUCACAACCGUCCUUGGGAGGUUGAGGUCGUGUUUGUUCCAUUUGGAUCGGACCUACCUGGCGUUUGGUCUUCACAGCCACCCUCAGCACAACGGUCAAGGUUUAGAGAAGAGAGCUGCGCGGAUGACAACUGGACUCAGACACAAAAUCAAUCAUUGGCAGCCAUCCAGGCAUCUCUUGCGGCCCAUGAGCAUACUUCUGCCUGGGAGCGCUCUACAGAUGAUCUUGCUACUGAAGAGAGUGUUGACUGGCUGACUGCAAAAGCCUGUGGCAGAGGAAGCAGGAUCGAUGAACGUCUCCGUAGUCGAGGGUUGGUCAGAACCAUCAAUGUGAAGGGACCUGAUGCUAGGGACGUUCAAGCUGCUAUAAUGCAGGCAUUUGGUGAAGUGCCCGGUCUGCUUGUGGAAGACCCGUUCACCACCCACGAAAAUGAUGAAACAAAUACAAUUCCAAGUUCUUUAUCGCAUUACCUGGGACUGCAGGCUUCCUGGAUUCCGUUGCGGAAAUUGCACAAAAACUCGUCGCUUCAAUUCCUCAAUACAUCCGAGAUGGUCACUCCCGCUCUAUGGACAGUGCAGUUUCUUGCUUCUAGUGUCGCGAUGAGGACAUCAGGUCUGAGGCGAUUAUAUGUCACUCAGCGGGACAGCUAUAUCCAGCAUCAUGGAGAUGUUGCAGAUUGGAGUUGGCAAAAGUUACGACAAUUACCUCGAGUUUAUUCAGAUGAGUCCAGUCAGGAUCAUACACCGGAGGCGGACGCUCAUGAACCAUGCUGGGAGUUUGAUGAACGACUAGAUCCUGCUCCAAUGAGUGUUCAUUCUUCGUUCCACUCAUCGUCAUUCGAAUCUCAAGUAUCCUCACUCAGCAUUCGCUCUCUACGAUUCGAAGAAGAGCCAGUCUCUCCAUCUGACCACUUCUCCUCCGCUGAAGCAUCUCCUCAUCCAUCUAGAGCGCCCACCCCACGAGUACCAAUCCCGACAAGAAUGUUAUCCCCAGUGGUCGAACGCAACCCUUUCCGACCAAUGCACAUGCGAACAUUAUCCAUGCCAUCUUUAGUCCCACUCAAAUCCCCAGCUCCAUCAGCCAAACGUCGAAUCACAUCCUUCGAACAAGAAGCCCAAUCAUCCCCCAUCAUCGCCGCCUCCACCUCAUCCAGCAGUGUAGCGCUCAAACGUCGUCGCGUCUCCCGCUCACCAAGCAGAUCAGGUGACACACCUCUCUGGGGCAUCGGCCCACCAAGUCCCCAACUCGCAUCCGAAGAAACAUCCUCCAAGCGACCAACCACCCCCUUCGCCUACGCAACCCCUCACAGCAACGCACCCUACGUCGACACCCGUCCUCACCAAGGCGAAGACAUCGAAAUCUGGCAAGACGACGACGACGAAGGAAGCGCCACAAACGAACUCAGCGACGCAGCGCCCGAAAGCGAGGACUGGGAGCAAAACGCAUUGAGCGAUUUCGAGCCAGAUAAGGGUGCCACCAACGAUGUCGCGCAUGACGAAUGGCGAGGCGUAGACGACGGCAUGGGCUAUGACUCACGUCCAGCGGCGGGAUUCCGAGUCGGUCCGCUGACCCCGCGGGUAGAUGAGGAUCUGGAUGGAGCAUUCAGUGAUGCAAGUGAAGUGCCCAGCGAGUAUCCUAGUACGCAGCAGGGGUUGGGGUUGGAUCUGUAUUCGAAGGCUGGGUUCAGGAUUCAUGUUGAUGAGGAGGGGGUGGAGUUGUGA